ACAUGCGGUGGGGUUUUAUUGGAUUUCAGAAUGAGAUAUCAAAACGAAGUGUCCUGAAACAAUAAUGCAUCCUUGCAGCCCAACGCAGCUCUGUGAAAUAUUUACCUAGGCCAUCAUCUCCCCCAUCGACUGAAGCAUCUGCCAGACAGACUUCAGCACACAGUGUCUGUUGCUCUUGCACGUCACAAUCGAUUGUGAGCUGCGCGCGUGCGGGGGCGCGCGAGAGGAAAGAAAACACGAAUCUCUGUUAAUACGAAUCUUACGAGCACCACAUCUGACCUGGAUUAGAGUGUGUAAAGGAGCAUUUGUCCCGCUGCCAGGAUGUGUACCCCUUGUUGUGUGUCUCAGCUGGCGUGCUGCUGCGGCUCGGCUGCAUGCUCCCUGUGCUGUGGAUGCUGUCCAAAGAUCAAACAAUCCACAUCGACACGCUUCAUGUACGCCCUCUUCUUCAUGCUGGUAACGGUGACCUGUGUCAUCAUGAUGUCCCCCACUGUGGAGAAGGAAAUACGAGACAAUAUUCCAUUCUACUCUGAAAUGUGCCAUCAGCUCAAUGCAGGGGAGAACUGCAGCACUCUAGUGGGCUAUUCAGCCGUGUACAAAGUCUGUUUCGGCAUGGCCUGCUUUUUCUUCUUAUUUGCUGUGCUCACUAUUCGGGUGCAAACCAGCACGGGAUGCCGGGCAGCUGUUCACAAUGGAUUCUGGUUCUUUAAGUUUGUGGCUUUGCUGGCCUGCUGUGCAGGUGGAUUUUUUCUUCCAAAUGAGGAUAAGUUUUUAGAAGUCUGGCGUUAUGUGGGAGCCACUGGUGGUUUUCUCUUCAUCCUCAUCCAGUUGAUGCUGCUCGUUCAGUUUGCCCACAGAUGGAAUCAAAACUGGAGCUCAGGAGCCAAGUAUAAUAAAAUGUGGUAUGCCGCACUGGUUCUGGUCACACUGGUGAUGUUCUCUGUGGCAGUGGGAGCCAUGGUGUUCAUGAUCAGGUUCUACACGCACCCAGAGGCCUGCUUCCUCAACAAGCUCUUCCUGGGAGUUAACUGUGGCCUCUGUUUCAUCGUGUCUCUGCUGGCCAUCUCGCCCUGCAUUCAGACCUUCCAGCCCACCUCGGGUCUGCUGCAGCCUGCUGUCAUCACCGUCUACGUCAUGUACCUCACAUUCUCAGCGCUCGCCAGCAAACCCAUCGAAACCAUAGAGAAUGACAACGGAAAAAAUGACACUGUCUGUGUCUUUCCCUUCAACUCAGGACUACAGAGCGACACUAGCAUAGUGACGGGUGUUGGAACGGUCAUACUGUUUGGCUGUAUACUCUACUCUUGUUUGAUCUCCACCACCAAGAGGAGCUCCGCAGCUUUGCGAGUAUACAGAAACGAUAUGCCAGAAAAUGAGAGAGCACGGUGCUGUUUCUGCUGUAUUGAUGAUACAGAGGAUUAUGAUGAUGAAAAGACAGCAGGAGGGCAGAACGUCAUGUAUGACGAGAAAGAGGGCACAAUCUACAGCUACUGCUACUUCCAUUUUGUCUUCUUCCUCGGCUCCCUCUAUGUCAUGAUGACUGUAACAAACUGGUUUCAUUACGACAAUGCAAAGAUCGAGAAGCUGCUGGAGGGGAGUUGGUCUGUGUUCUGGAUCAAGAUGGCAUCCUGUUGGGUCUGUCUCUUUUUGUACAUGUGGACCCUGGUGGCCCCCAUGCUCUGCCCAAAGAGAUUUGAAGCCUAAAAACCCUUGAUCCAAUAUCACCACUGUCCAGUUACUACUACUACUGUGUGAGUGAGUAAGUGUGUAUAUUUGAAAGAGGAAGUGUGAGAGAGUUCUUUGUUUUUGUACUUUGAUAAUUCAUUUUUUAUUUGUUUAGAAUUUUCUAGUUAAUGCUUUUGAUGCCUCAAAGGUUGCUUGUGUUUUUGUUUUUAAUCACUGUCUGAUGGAGAUUUGUUACAGAUGUUAUAGUUGCCACAGUGCUGGUGUAGGGAUCUUCUUUUUUUUAAUCCUCAUAAAGUCAUUGCUCAGGCUCACACAUCACCUGUAAUUGUCUUUGCUUGGUACACUUUAGUCUUUUAGGUAGUGGAAGAAUUCUAUGCAAAUCAACAAACCAUCUGUGAUUUUUCACUCCACUGUUUAUCUCUGCUUUUUUGUAAUGUUUUUGUGUUUUGUAUGGUGAUCUUGUGUUUUAACAUGAAGGCAUUUCAAUGAAUAAUGAAAAGACCUCUCGUGGCUAAUAAUACACUCACUGAGCACUUUAUUAGGAACACUAUUAGGAAUGAAUAUUGAAAAUUUACCAAAAAAGUACUGUAGUGGUGCCAUGGUACAGUAAUGGUCUUCUGCUGUUGUUGCCCAUCCGCCUCGAUGUUUGACUUGUUGUGUAUCCUGAGAUGCUAUUCUGCUCACUACAAUUGUACAGAGCUGUUAUCUGAGUUACUGUAGCCUUUCUGUCAGCUCGAACCAUUCUGACCAUUCUCUGUUGACCUCUCUCAUCAACAAGAUUUCCUUGAUCAUAUUUUUCCCCCAUUCUGAUGGUUGAUGUGAACAUUAACUGAAGCUCCUGACCUGUAUCUGCAUGAUUGUAUGCAUUGCACUGCUACCACACGAUUGGCUGAUUAGAUAAUCACAUGAAUAAGUAGGUGUACAGGUGUUCCUAAUAAAGUGCUCUGUGAGUGUACCUAUUUCAUUUUAAAAAUACAACCGGGUCAGAGUGGUACUUCCUUGCAUGGCCACAAGUGUCAAGAUGGCUGGACUCAUGGAAACAUUGUCAAAAGUCAAGGUGCCCAGUGUGACCCAAUUUCUGUGUGUAAACUGCACAACACCAGCUUAGAAAUGAAUGUGCCAAGGUGGUAUUAUUGGUUAUACCUGUACAUACUCUAUAUAUGUAUAAUCGUACUCAAAUGAGAGGUCUUGUUACCUUAUUUAUUGAAAUGCCCCUGUCACCUUGUAAGACCACACCAAAAUACAGUCAGCAACAUUUAUAAAUGAGAACUAUGGCUUUACCUUUCAGUUCAUAGCUCACAGAGAGAUGUUAGAUGUUUGGCUUACUUGUUUGUGCAGUGAAUUACACCAUUCUAAGAAAAAAAAAAUAGUGACUUCCACCUUUAGUAAAUGUUUGUACAAUGAUUUGCAAUGGGUGGGCAAAGUCAUGGGCCCUAAACUGCCACAGUCACCAAACCCCCAGUCAGUUUUUUCAAUUUGUGUUACAAUUGCAAUCUAAGUGGUGCUUUAGACCUUGGAUGUCCUAUUAUUUUUGGAUUAGAUUAGAUUCAAUAUCAUGCGCUAAGCUUGCAAGCAUGCUAUUUGUAAAACAAACGUACCUAAAAGAACACAUUUAUACCAUCUUUUAUAUUUACAAAGCAUUUUUACAGUGUACUGCUCUAUACAGCUGUUAUAUUUAAUAUUGUAUCUUUAAGUCAGAGGUUUUUGUUGAUAUAAACGCAUGUCUGUAUUUCUUGUAUUGAUUGGUCAUUAUAAAAUCUUUAUUUGCAAUGUUAACUUUACAUAGUUACAAGAGCUCUCUGAGCUUUUCCUUAUUAUAUAAUCUAGUAUUCCUGAUGCUCCCCAGUAGAUUACAAAGUAGUAGGCAUUAUUGUCAAUGAAAGACAGGAUCUAGAACUGGAAUUAUUUGACAUUUAUUAGGUUAUUUCCUGUGUAUAAAUUGUAGGAGUCUUAAAUGCCUCUGCAUGCUUCCUGAGAGACAGGAUUGUGUUACUGACCAAACAACAGACAAACCAAAAUCUCAUUAGGGUGUUGAGUGUGUGGUAGAAUUGGGGCCAGUAUGCUUUUACUUUAUGUUGAAGAUCUAAGCUUAUAAGUCUUAUAUAAUCUUUUUAGAAGGAAUUGUCAAAAUAAGCAAAGGAUUUGUAAUUGCCUUAAAUGCUGAAUAAAGCUAUCAACAUAGUAUUUUUUGAUUUAAUGAAGUAAAAUGUUUGUCUACAAAACUUUAGCUCUGUUCUCUGAAAUGUUUUUAGCAUAAUGGCAAUUUUCCUCAAAAUUCUUUUUUUAAAUUUCUAUUAUUAUUAUAAUUUUUUAAGUCUUUAAUUGUUGCUUUUUUCCAAGCUGCUCCCCCCCCCCAUUAUUGGUAUUGUGCGGGUUUAACAGUGUUUGUCUGGAUUAAACAUGCUUUGGUUUAUUUACAAAUAUGCUGAACAUGAGAGUUACAGUUUAUUGCAAUAUGUGCUUUAUUGUAGAUAGUCCAUUCUAAAGAUGACCAUGGUGCUCAUAUUAUUGCAAAAAUUGUAACCUUGCGCUAUAUGUGUUGUUCUCGCUAAUUUUGCAUGAAGUCAUCUUAUUAUCCUCCCACAAAUAACACGUUUACAAAGAAGUACUUUCCUAAUUUAUAUGACUUGAUUUUUGUUUAUUUUCAUUUCCCCAUCAUUUCAACACAUUCCAUGCAGAGUCAUAUGAGCCUAACUGUUACGGGAUCAAACAUGCAUUCUUUUGAGUGUUUUUAUUGGUAUUGCCGGUUCUUUAAAUAAAAUAAAUGGCAAAUUAAUAAAA